AUGAGUAAUUUCCAAAAUGUUCAACCUUAUGUUGUUUAUCAGCCACAGCAUUCAAGCUCGCCUCCUCCUUUACAGCAUCCUAUACCACAACAUCCUAUACAUAUGCGAGAUCCACCUGCCCCUUCACCUUCUCCUCCAACACAACAACGCUUUUCUCACCCACAACAAGGUCCACCCGAUCUUAAUGCCAUAUGGAAUUUUAAUGACAGUACUGCGCAAAUGGGAAUGCAGUUUGGCAAAACUGCAGUAUUAGCGGGAAGUGAUUUUGUUGAGGAAAAACCAUGGUCAAGACUUGUAAAACGAUCAGAACAAAAUGGUCAAAUGGAGGGUUAUAAACCACCAAGGGAAGAUAUAAAUUCUCCAGAUUUAUACAUACCAGUAAUGGCAUUUGUAACAUAUGUCUUAUUGACGGGAAUUGUAGCGGGAACCGAACACAAAUUUCACCCAGAAGUAUUAGGCAUGAAUGCCACCACAGCAUUUCUUAUAGUUAUGCUAGAACUCGUUUUCAUAAAAACCGGAUGUUAUUUAUUGAAUAUAUCUUCCGAAACCCAUUUUUUGGAUUUAAUGGCUUAUUCGGGAUACAAGUUUAUCGGGACUAUUAUGACACUUAUGGUCUCAUUAAUCGCUCCAUUCUGGGUUGUUGCGGUUACUUUUAUUUAUACAGCCUUUUCUACUGGGUUUUUCUUGCUUCGAUCUUUGCGUUAUGUCGUCUUUCCUGAUUCGACAACAACGGUUAAUGUUCCGCAACGCAAACGAAGGAUCAAUUUUUUAUUUUGCAUUGCGGCUCUUCAAGUUGUUUUGAUGUAUUUUCUUGUAAAAUAG